AUGCUGAAAUUAUGGCUAAGAAAAAAUCAGAUACAGGACUCUACGAAUCUGCUGUAUCCUUUAAAAUCGACGCUCGAAAUAUUCCAACACCACCGUUAUCUUAUCCAAUUACGUGGUCGCCUUUCUAUGAGCUUGGUCUUAAAAUAGAAGCACCACGAAAUCGUGCAACUGCUGUGUGGCCUGAAAAUGCAUCUUACACUGAAAUUCGUAUGUCAGCACCCAAUAAUGUUGAACUUUCAUGUGACAUCGAAUUUAAUGGCAGUAAAAACGAAAAUUGUGCAUUAGCGCAGUUUGAUAAUGACAAACAACAGUGGCAACUUUUGUUUGCACCUCAAUGUACAGGUCUUCACAAACUCAUAAUUUAUGCUCGACGUCAAUCUGAUUCUCAAACAUCGUUCAAUGCAGUUGCGGAGUUCGAUCUCAACGUCACAAAACUUCGAAAAACAAUUAAAUUUCCCCUAACAUACGCUAAAUUUCAAACCAAUAAAUGUCGAAUUUAUGAACCACUUCAUGGUACACUUAAAAGAGACGCUAUUUUACCAAUUCAUUGUGUUAUUCCUGGAGCAGAUGAUGUAGAUUUACAAGUUGAUUCUCAGUGGAUGAAGGCAAAAGGAUAUAAAGACCCCGUUUUAAGAACAGAGAUAAAAGUUGGGUCAAAAGAUGUAACUAUCUAUGCGAAAUAUGAUCAAAAUACAAGCUAUAAUGGACUUGUGCGAUAUUCUGUUGAAUAA